CUCUAUAUUUUUUACAUCUGCUUUUUCAAUAUACAUGACGAUAACCGUAGCAUUACUACCCGCCGCCCAAAGGAAGAGGAAGAGGUCCGCAGCAUCACUGCACGCCGCCCAAAGGAGGCAGAAGGUGCUUCGUCCUCCUCCUCCAGUUGAUAUUGAUAAUAAUUUAAUAGAAUUUGAGAAGAAGAAGGCUGAUCAUCCGUCAAUUGAUAUCGAUAAUAGUAUAAUCGAAUAUGAGAUCUUACCAAGACUUCCAGCCAAGUCCGUAGGUCGUUUCAAGUCCGUUUCCAAACAAUGGAAUUCGUUUUUGUCCACACAUAUGUUUGGAAAGAUGCACCACCUCCGUCACAUUAACAACAAAACAUAUAAGCUUUUGAUACUUGACAAGCCCCUUGUAGAUUUAUGCAGCAAACCCCUCAACAACGGUUCCGUCACCGUCGGUUUUAACCGGCUCGAAGAAUCCGAUCCUAGAUUUGAUUCGCUUUUAGGAAGUUUGGAUGGGUUGGUAUGUGUAGCCUCCACCGAAACCGUCAAUAGUCUAGCUUUAUGGAACCCGUUCACCGGUGCCUACUACAAGUUGCCCCCUAACCCAGACUUUACUCGUCCCUUUAAUUCUUAUAAAAAUUUCCGUUAUCGUGGUCAAGACGCCGUUGGUUUUUAUUCCGACUCUUCCAAUGACUAUAAGCUACUAUAUAUGAUUCCUUUGGAUCAAGAGGCUUAUAUCUAUUCCCAAAGACUGAAUUCAUGGAGAAAGAUUGAAUUCCUGAUCAACCGCUACUCGUUCUUGCGUCGCUACUGGUGGUCGCGGGCAACCUUCUGUGACCACAGUCUUUACUUUUCUGUAAAGAAAUUAGGACUAUCUAAACAUCAAUACAUUAUUUGUUUUGAUGUGAACACGGAAGAAUUCAGGCUUAUGACGUAA